GCAGACGUUACCGGUGCCGAUCGACCAAUCAGAUUUCGCCACGAGCCGCUGUCGACAAUAACGUCGUACCGAUAACAGCAACGUAGACCAAAAAAAAAAAUUUAAUAUUUCUUCGUUCCCCCCGACUUUGGUUCAACGCACUAUUCGCUAUACUUAACUACUUCUAAUAUUAAUAAAACUUAGCAAACGUGUUCGGUGCAACGUUUCGUUCAUUGUUAUCCGGAAUUUUCGUUAUACCGGUUACGCGACGUUUGUCGCAUGACCGUUUCGUAGUACAUUACAGUCAAAAAUUUCGUGUGGGUUUACAAUCUCGUCGUUCACAUUGUACCAGCUAGCAAAUUUAUUUGAGUAAAUAAAUUCUGUUCGCCUUAACGACCGGCGAAAUAUGAAUCUGUUGUUUUGUUGUGUUACAUUGGCGGCCGUCGUCGGGUCAACGGUGCACGCGAUUUUUCCAUCCAACUCGGAAGUGAUCGAACUGACUGAUUCGAAUUUCGAUAAAAAAGUGUUGCAGGGAAACGAAAUUUGGUUCGUUGAGUUCUACGCCCCGUGGUGCGGACACUGUCAGAAAUUCGCACCCGAAUACGCUAAAGCCGCCAAAGCUUUGUCGGGUCUUGUAAAAGUAGCUGCCUUUGACGCCGACAAGUACCCGUCUAUUGCAGGUCGUUAUGGUGUCACAGGUUUUCCCACCAUAAAAAUAUUUGUUGAUAAAAACAAACCCAACGAUUACAAAGGCGAUCGAACAGCUAUCGGACUUACCGAUGAAGCAUUCAAAGUAAUUAAAAACAAGGUACUUGCCCAACUCCAGGGAGUUCCUUACGGAUCGGCAAAUUCGUCAAAGAAAUCUUCUUCUGGAGAUAAUGUCGUUGAGCUGACGGAUGCUAAUUUCGAUCAGCUUGUAUUGAACUCGAACGACAUUUGGUUAGUUGAAUUCUUUGCACCGUGGUGCGGACACUGUAAGAACUUGGCACCUCAUUGGUCUGCCGCCGCAACUGAGCUGAAAGGAAAAGUUAAACUCGGAGCUCUAGAUGCUACAGUACACGCGUCAAAAGCUCAAGAAUUCAAUAUCAGAGGUUACCCGACAAUCAAAUUCUUCCCAUCGGGUACGUCUAGUUACAGUGGAGCUGAAGAAUACACAGGUGGCCGAACAUCAGCGGAUAUUGUUAGCUGGGCUCUGCAAAAACACCAGGAAAACGUGCCAGCCCCAGAAAUCAACGAGAUUGUGAAUGAAGAGGUUUUCAAAUCAGGAUGCUCGGAACACGCUUUGUGUGUAAUAUCUGUGUUGCCACACAUUUUAGAUUGCCAGUCCAGUUGUCGUACCGAGUAUUUGAAUACGUUGCGCACUUUAGGAGAUAAAUUUAAACAAAAGCUCUGGGGAUGGCUCUGGGCCGAAGCCGGGCAACAACCUGAAUUGGAGUCGUCUUUAGAGAUCGGCGGCUUUGGUUACCCUGCAUUAGCAGUUUUAAAUGUUAAAAAAAUGAAGUAUUCUAUUUUAAGAGGUUCCUUUUCGGAAGAUGGAAUUAAAGAAUUUUUGAGGGAUUUAUCUUAUGGCCGUGGAACAACAGCUCCAGUUAAAGGUGCGUCUUUACCUACAAUAAAUACAAUUGAACCAUGGGAUGGAAAAGACGGCGAAUUGCCAGCAGUAGAAGACAUUGAUUUAUCAGAUGUUGAACUAGAUAACCCUCCAAAAACAGAAUUAUAAAUUCCAUUUCCAACUUCCAAGUUCGCCCUAUUUUUUUUUUUUUUGUAUAGUUUAUUUAAGACUGAACCAGUUCUAGAAAAUGAAUUACUUAUUAUGAUUAACCAUUUGGUUCUUUAACUAAUAUUCAUUAUAGUAUAACCACUAAAAUUGAAAACUCAUAUUUAAAUAUUUUUAAUUUUUCUUAUUAACAAUAAUAUUAUGCUGAAUACUUGUUUACAUAUGUAUACUUAAAUUGUCAAUUUACGUCUCAUAUUAAUUAAUUCCAAAAAAAAUGUUUACAGAAAGUGUGGAGGAAGUAACUUUCUAUACUUUCCAUAUUUUGUUUUAUCUUUUUAAUUAAUAAUAUUUAUUAUAAAAUAAAUUAUAGUGAAACAUUGGU